AUGCUAAGCCACGUAACAGCGUCAUGCCGUUUUCCUGGAGCGCCGGCACACUCACGAGUAACAUUUUCCGACGAAGUUAUGUCGGAGGGAACCGUGGCUACAUACACGUGUGAGCGAGGGUUUGAACUUCUAGGUCCCUCUAGAAGACUCUGUGAUACGAACGGAAAAUGGACUCCCGAUGGCAUACCUUUUUGUGUUCUUAAUGUUGCGGCCGGUAAGGCACCGAUGCAAAUAUCCACGGAGGAAGGUGGAGUGCCACAAAAAGCGCUCGACGGAAGUACAUCAGCUGCAUUCAACGGUGAAACAUGCACUCUUACGAAAUCAGAAAGAGUCCCAUGGUGGUACGUCAAUCUUCUUGAGCCAUAUAUGGUGCAACUCGUUAGGCUAGAUUUUGGGAAGCCCUGCUGUGGGGUAAAUAAGCCUGCUGUGGUGGUUGUGAGAGUUGGUAACAAUCGACCAGAUCUCGGGACGAAUCCAAUUUGCAACCGAUUCACUGGAUUCCUUGAAGAAGGCCAACCUCUUUUUCUGCCCUGCAAUCCGCCCAUGCCGGGGGCUUUCGUUAGCGUUCACUUAGAAUCAUCUACUCCCAGUCAACUGUCUAUUUGCGAAGCGUUUGUUUAUACCGACCAAGCAUUACCGAUAGAAAGAUGCCCACAAUUUCGCGAUCAGCCACCUGGCAGCACAGCUACCUACAAUGGCAAAUGCUACAUUUUCUACAAUCGACAACCUGCCAAUUUUAGAGAUUCCCUAGCAUUUUGUCGAUCGAGGGGCGGAACAUUAGUCGAUGAAAGCAAUCCGGCACUGCAGGGUUUUAUCAGUUGGGAACUUUGGAGAAGACAUCGGAGUGAUAGCAGCAGUCAGUACUGGAUGGGAGCGGUCCGCGACCCACAAGACCCAAACAAUUGGAAGUGGGUGAAUGGUAAUGACGUGACGGUCUCCUUCUGGAACGCUCCAGGUGGCACGGAAGGCUGCGCUAGAUUCGACGGCAGCAAGGGUUGGCUUUGGGCUGACACUGAUUGUCAAUCAAGACUGAACUAUAUUUGUCAACACCAACCAAAAGCAUGUGGUAGACCGGAACAGCCUCCAAAUUCAACGAUAACUACGGAGAGUUUUGAAGUAGGAGCUACUGUUGAAUAUGCCUGCGAUGAAGGCCAUUUGCUCGUCGGUCCAACCGUGAGGACAUGCUUAGACACUGGCUUUUACGAUGAGUUUCCACCAGUCUGCAAAAGAAUAGAAUGCGGCUUUCCUGCGGAGAUAACCCACGGAGCAUAUGAGCUGAUCAAUGGCUCUGUUUCUUACCUGUCACAUGUACAGUAUGCCUGUGAGUCCGGAUACGAGAUAGUGGGCCGCUCUCGACUCGUAUGCGACAUCGACGAAAGAUGGAACGGUCCACCGCCACACUGUGAAGUGGUACAAUGCGAAGAGCCCCCUCACAUUCCAAAUGGCCGCGUUGCUAUUUCGAACAACUCUUCAGUUUUUGGUGCAGUUGCGGAGUACACAUGCUUUAAAGGAUUUACUUUACAAGGACCGCGUAGAUUAAAUUGCCUAGCUAGUGGUUCAUGGGACAAACUAGCUCCACAUUGCAACCCCGAGGAGCGCGUGACUUCUACCACUACGACAACUACUACAACAACGACCAGUACACCGCCACCGCCGAGCUCUACUCCCGUGACUCUUCCUCCUACACCUGUGCACACGACUCCUCGUGUAGUUUUACCUACCAGGCCUAGAACACACCGUCCUAUUUCUUCCCCGAACCCAUUUGUCACAACCGAGACUACGCGAAAGAUUCGACCAAGAAUUACAACAACCGACCGCCCUACAACGAAAGCAUACGAGAAACCUCCACCAAGAAAAGUGACAAUUGCAGAUUCCCAGGACUCACCAACAAGUCAUGUUCCUCAUAUAAUCGUAGCCAGUCACCCGAGAGAAAAUCAGAUCUUUGGUAGUGGUAAUAAUAUCAGAGCUGAACAGACACCGAGAGUGAACGUACCACUGCCUGUUGACGGCGACCGAAGGGAAACACUUGGAGCCCGCCUGAAUAUUGGUGCAGUUGUGGCUUUAGCGGCUUUCGGUGCCUUAGUGUUCCUUAUCGCUAUAAUAACAACGAUCGUCAUAUUAGUAAGAAGCAGGAAACACAACGACGGUAAACGGUACCGACACCAUGUGUCCCCCGACUGCAAUACAGUUGCCUCACUCGAUUCAUCGUCGUCAGAAUCGCGAAGCGGCCUCAAUAGAUAUUAUCGGCAGGCCUGGGAAGAACUUCACGAAGCCGCCGGUGCUAAGAACGGGCAUAGAAGACAUGAGAGAGAAGCUCCCAAAGAUGGUUCCGAACUGGUGGUCUCCGAUGUUUACCCCGCUCCACACAACAGAGAUAAGAGGAGACAUCACCAUCAUCACCACCAUCGCGAAACGAGACAUCCCGAUUGGCAGCCGUCACACCGUCCCCACCACAACCACAAGCCUAGAUAUUAA